CAUGAGCUUAUGAGUAUCCUCUCCUUGUGUUUGAGGAGGGUGAGUGAAGUGAGCUACUCCUACUCCCACUCCCACGGGUAGCCCAUAUGAAACAGAAAGUGGUUAGUUAGUUACUGGUUAGGUUUGUUAGAUUAAAUAACCCAAUGAAAUGAAAGAUGAUCAAGGUGCGGGAAGUGGGGGUGGGUGGAUGAGUGGGUGCGUGUUGUUGAGGUGGGCGCAUGUUAGCCUCUCCCCCCACCAAAUCGGUGGUGCCCUCCUCCUCAUCCUAUCCUGUCCCCAUCUCACGCGCACCACCACCACCACCCAAUAUGUCCUUACCCUACUCCACCACCACCACCCAAUAUGUCCUUACCCUACUCCACCACCAAACUCCACAAUACAUACAUUUUCUCCACACCCUUCUCCUCCUCCUUCUUCCAUGGCUUCUCCUCCUCACUCCUCCCCUCCUCCAGAUCCACCCUCCGCCCUCCCCCUCGCCCUCAUCCCAAUCCCUCCUCCCCCCACCGCCACCCCCACCUCCUCCCGCCGCCUCCCUCCCCCCUGCUGGUCCCCGGACGAAACCUUCGCCCUCAUCGACGCCUACCGUGACAAAUGGUACUCCCUCGGCCGCGGAAACCUCAAAGCCUCCCACUGGCAAGACGUCGCCGACGCCGUCUCCCACCGCUGCCCUGAAAAAACCCCGGCCAAGACCCCCAUCCAGUGCCGCCACAAGAUGGAGAAGCUUCGCAAACGCUACCGCACCGAGAUCCAACGCGCUCGCUCCCUCCCCAUCUCCCGCUUCACCUCCUCCUGGGCCCACUUCUCCCUCAUGGAUUCCAUGGAGAAAGGCCCCUCCCCUGUCAAACCCGAAAUCGACUCCGACCACAGCCCCCACCACGACGACAACAACAACGACGAUCACGAUCAGGAUUUCUACGGCGGCAACGACGGCCACGGAUCUAGCACCAGGAGCCUGAACAAGCUCUACAAGAACGGAUUCUCCAGCGGCGGGUUCAGGAUCCGGAUUCCAACCGGGUCGGGCGCGGCGCAACCCGGACCCAAACUCUUCGGGUUCGGGAAGGUUGCGAAUCAGAAAUUCAAUGCUAAUCUGAAUCACAACGCUAGCAAUGACCACGAGGCGAGGGAUUCGGGGAAGAAGAGGGAGAGAGAUCCGGUGGGGGAAGUGGUGUCUGCGAUUAAGGUUUUGGGUGAUGGGUUUGUGCGGAUGGAGCAGAUGAAGAUGGAGAUGGCGAAGGAGAUUGAAAUGAUGCGGAUUGAGACAGAGAUGAAGCGCACUGAGAUGAUUCUGGAGUCUCAACAGCGAAUUGUGGAGUCGUUUGCGAGGGCGAUUUCGGAGAACAACAAGAAGAAGAACAUGAGAGUUUCCUCACCUCAAGAACCCUAGCAAUAGCAUAGAGAUGAUAAUAUACUUGUUAGCGAGUUUGAUCUAAGCGUUUAAUUAAGUUGUUUUCCCUAAUUUUAGUAAUUAAAGCAAUGUGAGUUUAGUUCCUGCUUCUGCUCAUUGUUUAGAUGCUGCAUUGUCUCAAUUUUUUUGUAAUUUUAGGAUGUAAUGCUGAGAAGUGGAAUCAGUGAAGGUUAAGCUUUAGAUGUGCUUUAUUUUGUAUGCGAUAAACUCUUAUGGUUAUAAACACUUAA